AUGCAUCCCAAAACAAACGACUUUUGGAGGAUAUUCUUCGGAAAGAGUGGGUUGGGAUGGGCUGGUAAUGAGCAUUGGUUCGGCACCUUCAGUACAUCUGAAGCAAUUGAGGCGGCACUCAACCUAGAAAUGCCUGGAUCUACCAGGCUUCGGGGGCCAGCUCUGAUCCAUGCUGCCAACAAAGUUAAGGAGGCAAUGUUAAACAACCGCGUACGAAAUGUGCUAAACUUGAUAAAAGAAACUCUCGCAGCGAGCAUACCAGAAAACGCACCUGAGAUUGAGUUGAACCGCCCAUCAGACCGGGCUUUAAUGUGCCAGGCAGCUGCCGAGGCCAUUGUUCUACUGAAGAACGAAUGA